AUGAUCAAAAUAGCAACAUUUGUCUGUUGGCUCGCCACUUUUUUUGUGAUUAAUAUCAAUGCUGAACCCUACUUAAUAUUUCCUCAGCAUAUGCUACCACCUAUUGGUCAUACUUAUAAUGUUAGCUUUACCGGUACUGCCGUUACGACUCCUGUAGCUGGCGUUUAUUCUAUACAAGCUGUUACGGCUAAUAACCAAGAAACAAUAAUAGGCUAUCGACUUUGGGAAGGAUAUACUAGAGAUACUCGUGAAAUACUUUACACAGUAUCAUAUUCAAAUGGUACAAGUUUUCAAGCUGGAGUAGAUCCUGAUACGGGAAAAUGUUUCGCCGCUGAACGCCUAGACGUAAAUUGUACAGGCUGGUCAAGUACCGAUGUCCUCAAAUGGAAUAAUAAGUGUUUAGAGAAGUCAAAACAAGAGCCCAAGAGCAGUACAAAAAUGAUUGUUCAAGCAGAUACUUCUAAUUUAAGACGUCCAAUUGGUUUGAAUCUAACAAUAACAAUCGAGGGUACUCCUAUUCCAUUAUUCUCAACUUUUCAGUUUUCAUCAGAAACUAAGGGAAAACAUUUUCCUCAUGUUAAAUGUAAUUUUUAA